GGGUGGUUGUGUCAGAGCUCCCUGGGACUAGAUCUAGAAGCGAUUGCGAGGACGACUUGGGUGAUUGAGGAGGGCGUGGACGUGUCUGGUAUGGGAUGCCUUGGAAAGGAGGGGCCCAGCCACAAAUCCGGAGUAGAUCUGUGGAUGGUUCCUCAGAGGUACCCUCUUUCCCGUUGCCCUUUUAUUUGGCAACACGAGAGCCCUCAUGGUCUCUGUUCAAAUUCUGGGAACUCUGUCUUUGGGUGAAUUUAACCCGCAUUAUAGGACUACCCAGGGCCCUUUCUGAUACUGGGUACAGACGUGGGGAAGAUGUCAGAAAACAGGAAGCCGCUUCUGGGUUUCGUGCACAAAGUCCCCGAUGCGAACGCAUCUGGCAGCUCAGGCAAGACUCACUGCCCUUCGUGUCUGGGGCUUUUCAAAGCCCCCAGGCUCUUGCCUUGCUUGCACACGGUGUGCACCACAUGUCUGGAAAAGCUGGAACCGUUCUCAGUAGUGGACAUCCGAGGGGGUGACUCAGACACAAGCUCUGAGAGGUCAAUAUUCCAGGAACCCAAGUCACGAAGCUUGCAGCCACAGAUUGGCAUCCUCUGUCCGGUAUGUGAUGCUCAGGUGGACCUGCCCUUGGGUGGAGUGAAGGCUUUAACGAUAGACCACCUGGCUAUGAAUGAUGUGAUGCUGCAGAGUCUGCGUGGGGAAGGCCAGGGCCUGGUGUGUGACCUGUGCAGCGACAGAGAAGUAGAGAAGAGGUGUCAGACCUGCAAAGCCAAUCUCUGCCACUUCUGCUGCCAGGCUCAUAGGCGGCAGAAGAAGACGAUGUAUCAUAGCAUGGUGGACCUGAAAGACCUGAAAGGCUACAGUCGGGUUGGAAAGCCCAUCCUGUGUCCUACUCACCCUGCAGAGGAGCUGAGGCUAUUCUGUGAACUCUGUGACCAGCCGGUGUGUCGGGACUGUGUAGUUGGAGAACACCGAGAGCACCCCUAUGACUUCACCAGCAACGUCAUCCACAAGCAUGGAGAUUCCGUGAGGGAGCUCCUCAGAGGCACCCAGCCCCACGUGGAGGCCCUGGAAGAAGCCCUGGCACAGAUCAAAACCAUGAACAGUGGCCUCCAGGAGCGAGUGGAGGCAGUGGCGGCUGAUGUCCGAACAUUCUCUGAGGGCUACAUCAAAGCCAUUGAGGAGCAUCGGGACAAGCUGCUACAGCAGCUGGAUACCAUACGGGUCCAGAAGGAAAAUUCUUUGCAGCUGCAGAAAGCACAGCUGGAACAGCUGCUGGCAGAUAUGCGGACUGGAGUGGAGUUCACUGAGCACCUGCUGACCAGCGGCUCGGACUUAGAAAUCCUCAUCACCAAGGGAGUGGUGGUAGAACGGCUCCAGAAGCUGAACAAAGUUGAAUACAGCUCCCGUCCCGGAGUGAACGAUAAGAUCUGCUUCUCUCCUAGGGAGAAGGCAGGCCAGUGCCGAGGCUAUGAAGUGUACGGGACCAUUAACACCAAAGAAGUUGAUCCAGCUAAAUGUGUCCUUCAGGGAGAAGAUCUCCAGAGAGCACGAGAGAAACAGACAACCUCAUUUACCCUGCUUUGUAAGGAUGCCUCAGGAGAGAGCUUGGGCAGGGGAGGCGAGGACGUCCAGGUGGCAGUUGUCCCCAAAGAUAAGAAAGACAGCCCAAUCAGAACAGUAGUCCAGGACAACAAGGAUGGAUCAUACCAUGUUUCCUUCACCCCCAAGGAAGCUGGAGUCUACAUUGUGUGGGUCUGCAUCAGAGAGCAGCACGUGCAGGGCUCACCGUUCACUGUGACCGUGAGAAGAAAGCAUCGCUCACAUCCAGGGGUGUUUCAUUGCUGUACCUUCUGCUCCAGCGGAGGCCAGAAAACUGCACGCUGUGCCUGCGGUGGCACCAUGCCAGGUGGGUACCUUGGCUGUGGCCAUGGACACAAAGGACACCCAGGUCGUCCACACUGGUCUUGCUGUGGGAAGUUUAUUGAGAAAUCUGACUGCACUUACACAGGUGGGCAGAGUGCACCGAGGAGUCUGCUUAGGACCGUGGCUCUCUGAUGGCUUCCUUGGUACAAGUUCAGCCAGGGUAAACACGGCUGUCUUGGAAUACAAACACCCAUAUAUCUGCCAGUGCACCAUCCUCUAACCUCCCUGCAAUCACCGUUCAACAUUACUCCAGAGGAUGUGUACCUGUGUCUGUCAAGUGUGGCUGGAUGAAGAGAAUGCCAAUUAGAAGCAGAACAGAGGAAGAGGCAUCCCACUGUGUGUCAGCUCCUACAUUAUUGAGAAGGCAUUCCUUCAUCACUUCCUCAAAACUCUUACAGGUCCAUUUCUGUGAUGAUUCAUUUCAGCUACAAGGUCCUCUAUCACAGCUCUUGCUACCAGGUGACAGUAUUAAUGCUCAUCUCCCCUACUGGAUACACAGACAUCACUAGCAUCUCACUUUGGUGGGAACACUUACUUAACUCAGACACAACUGGGAAGCUUUGCCGGCUUGCCAUCACGACAGGAAAAAUGAAGGGAAGUCUUUAAGAUACCAGAAGUCUACCUUAGAGGCAUUUGUCAAUGGGCCUUGAAUAUAGCUUAGAAUCUCUGUAUUCUCCAAAUAAAGAUUUAAAUUUGAAUGCUA